CCAUGUGUGACAAGCAAGACUUAUUACAAAUGAAACAAAGUGAACUUCCACUGAUUAUAAAGAAAUACAAUAAAAGGAAUGUGAAAUGCUCUAUAGAAUAUACCCAUUCGAGGAUAAUGGAGAAGAAGGGCAAAAUCAAUAUCCGCUUGUGUAGAGUACCAGAGAAAUCCAUCCGUUACAUCAGCGACUUUUGGAACACUCUAGUGAAUAUGAGAUGGCGCGGGUUGCUUCUAGUGAUCGCCCUAAUAAAUGUCGUAAUUUAUAUCACAUUCGGCCUACUGUUCUUUUUAGACGCUUGGGUUAGCGGAGAUUUCGAGAAACCGAGGAGAAACUUAACUUGCUUGAGAGGAAUGAAUAAUUUCACCAGUUAUUUCAUGUUAGGUAUCGAGACCAUAACAACAGCAGGGAAUGGAUACUUCCGUCCUUCUGAGUUCUGUUAUUUAGUCUUCAUUAUUUUCACAUGUAGCACUAUAAUGACAAUUUUUAUAGAUGGAGCAUUUUUGUCUGUGGUGUAUGCCAAGUUUGGACAGCCUACAUACAAGCUGACCAUCUUUAGUAAGAAAGCUGUGAUUAACCUGCGAAACGGAAAGCUAUGCUUGAUCAUUAGAAUUAACGAUAUUCUGAGAAAACAUUGGAUUGAAAACCAAGUUAAUAUGUUUUAUAUAAACAGUAACACUUCCGUGCAAAGUGAAAUAUUACCAAAUUAUAUUAGUGAACUGGAAGUGCAACCAUACGGAAUGAUUUUCUGGCCUAUUGAAGUAGUACACGAAAUCACCUCAGACAGUCCCUUGUGGAACAUUUCUGCUAAAGAUCUCAUGACAAUGAAAAUUGGGAAAGCUGAAGGAGAAGAAUGCAUUGAGUGCGGACAACGGGAUACCCCAGGUCACUCGGUGUUUGAAUGUACAGGAUGGGAUACAGACAGGGAAGAAUUUCAUGGUGAGCUCGGAGUGGUCCUUACUGCGGAUAACAUCAUCAACGUAAUGCUGAGAGGGGUCCGAAGCUGGAAGGUUGUCAGAAAUUAUAUUGCCACAGUGUUGGAAACGAAGGAAAUGGAAGAGAGAAGGCAGGAAAAUUGGGGAAACUCUAGAAUUGGGAAAGCUGAAGGAGAAGAAUGCAUUGAGUGCGGACAACGGGAUACCCCAGGUCACUCGGUGUUUGAAUGUACAGGAUGGGAUACAGACAGGGAAGAAUUUCAUGGUGAGCUCGGAGUGGUCCUUACUGCGGAUAACAUCAUCAACUGUUGGAAACGAAGGAAAUGGAAGAGAGAAGGCAGGAAAAUUGGGGAAACUCUAGGUGCUGAUGAAUGUCCAAGGACGGUGCCAACACCUAGAUUGAAGACAGGAGAGGGGUUUUAG